CCCGAUGCCGGUUGCUGCCAGGGCUCCGAGCAGCCACCGCAGCCUCUCUGCCCCCCGCCCUCCUCUCCCACUUCCGAAAGUGCCCCCACGGAGGCCGGCGGGGACGCGGUCCGAGCGGGGAGCACCGCCCCCUCGCCUGCUCAGCAGCAGCAUGAAUGCGGCGACGUGGACUGUCAGGAGCCCCGCGAAAACCCCUGCGACUGUCAUAGGGAGCCGCCCCCCGAAACCCCAGACAUCAACCAGCUGCCGCCAUCCAUCCUGCUCAAGAUAUUUUCCAAUUUAUCCCUGGAUGAGCGUUGCCUUUCUGCAUCGUUGGUUUGCAAGUACUGGCGUGACCUUUGUUUAGAUUUCCAGUUUUGGAAACAGCUGGAUCUUAGUAGUCGUCAGCAGGUCACUGAUGAAUUAUUGGAAAAAAUUGCAUCAAGAAGUCAAAAUAUAAUUGAAAUCAACAUUUCUGAUUGUCGCAGUAUGUCUGAUACUGGCGUAUGUGUUCUAGCAUUUAAGUGUCCUGGACUACUUAGGUAUACAGCCUACAGGUGUAAACAGCUUUCUGACACCUCUAUUAUUGCGGUUGCCUCUCACUGUCCUUUACUUCAGAAAAUUCAUGUAGGCAACCAGGACAAAUUAACUGAUGAAGGACUCAAACAGCUUGGCUCAAAAUGCAGAGAACUCAAAGAUAUUCAUUUCGGCCAGUGUUACAAGAUCUCAGAUGAAGGCAUGAUCGUCAUAGCUAAGGGCUGUCUGAAAUUACAAAGAAUAUACAUGCAGGAAAACAAAUUAGUGACAGAUCAGUCAGUGAAAGCAUUUGCUGAGCACUGUCCUGAACUUCAGUACGUUGGCUUCAUGGGUUGUUCAGUUACUUCUAAAGGAGUCAUUCACCUAACCAAGCUAAGAAACCUUUCCAGCUUGGACCUACGUCAUAUCACUGAACUGGAUAAUGAAACUGUGAUGGAAAUUGUCAAGAGGUGCAAAAAUCUGAGCUCUCUCAAUCUUUGUCUGAACUGGAUCAUAAAUGACAGGUGUGUGGAGGUCAUUGCAAAGGAAGGACAAAACCUGAAAGAGCUGUAUUUGGUAUCCUGUAAAAUCACAGAUUAUGCACUGAUAGCCAUUGGGCGAUAUAGCAUGACAAUAGAGACCGUGGAUGUUGGCUGGUGUAAAGAAAUCACAGAUCAAGGAGCCACGUUGAUUGCGCAGAGCAGCAAGUCUCUGAGAUAUCUGGGGCUGAUGAGAUGCGAUAAAGUCAAUGAAGUGACGGUGGAACAGCUGGUGCAGCAGUACCCUCACAUCACCUUCAGCACCGUCCUGCAGGACUGCAAGAGGACCUUGGAGAGAGCCUAUCAGAUGGGCUGGACCCCCAACAUGUCUGCCGCCUCCUCCUAACACUCCUGCCCAGGCUUAGAUCCACUUGGAUCACUCAGCAGGGCAGAAAGGAAUUGUAGAUUUGGGGUGGGUGGUCUCCUGGAAAGGUUUUAACUGUCACAUGUCUAUGUGUGUACCCAAGUGUGUAUAUUUGUGUCUCGUUUGCAUACUGCACAGCAUAAGCGCAAUUGCUAUUUAUUCUCAGGUGAGCUGGGUUUUUUCUUAAAAAUUAAAGAUUGUGAAAGCCGGAAACCUUUUAGUUUUCAGUUCGAAGGCUUAUUUCUCUAGAAAGAUGUUCUGUUCCUACCAUGGAGUCAAAAAAAAUCAAAUAUAUUAUUUCGAGCUUCUAAUUACUGCCACUUGAUGAUACCCCAAAAUGCAGGCUAUUGCCUUCUUUUCUGGUGAGAUAGAAUUGUGCAUGUCUACUGAUGACAACCAGAACAUAGGUGAGGUUACACUAAUUAGAAGCCUGGAAACCUUUUCGAAAUUUCAAGUCCAUGUACACAUAUAGGUUCUCACACUCUCUCAUAUGCAUGCACCUGUGCCCGCAUAUGCAUAUCAGGGCAGUUUCUUUCUAGAUCAUUUUCUGACAGAGGGGCCUUUCUCCAGGCCACUGAGAGAGCGUGUCAGCCACAGGUGGCCAGCUUGCUAUCUGGUAGGCAACUUAGGGACUAGAGAAGAUAAAGCCUUUUGUAAAAUUUUUCUGUGGAGGCAGCAAUCUGAACUCCUCUGGCCAGCUCACAGAAGUUAAUUAUUCAUUAUUCUACAAAUGCAUUCUGUUGAGUAAUACAUUUUUUAGUUGGGUUUUAUGUUAACAUUAUGUUAGCUUUUAUUUCAUGCAUAGUAACUGGUCUGGAUAUAUUUUAAUGAUAUUUGGAGCUAAUUUUAGCAUUAUCCACAUUAAAGCCACCAAUGUAAUUAAUGGUGUGAAGUUAUUUUUUAAAAAUCUACAGAUCACUUAAUUAUUUUUGUUAAUUUGGGUAAUUAUGAAAUUAUAUUUCUGAGAUUUGGGGGGAGUCACAAUAGAAGAUUAAUGAGUGAGAUGUAAGUAGACAAUCUUUUUUUUUUUUUUUUUGCUUUGCUUUGCUUUGGGCUUUAGAACAGGUUUUUUGGAUAUAUGCAUGUUAUUUUUUGAAUAGUUCUUAUGCUACUGCAAAAGUCUAUUGCUGGUUAAUGUAUGAGUUAAGAAGAAAUAUUAUAAAAUCUUUUCAUUAAGAUUCUGUUUACACUUGUCAGAAAUAAGCAUUUCUUUGUUUAAAGAUUGACACCUUUCAGUUAAGAAAAUAUCUAUCAGUAAAUGAAUAUAAGUUUUGAUUUCACACAUCUUUACAAUUAAUUCAUAUUAGGGACUCAGGCUCAACUAACCUUUCCUGUGUCCAGGUUUAUAAUCAAGACAGCAGGGAGCCUUUUUACACUAAAGAGUGAUUAUCUUUCCCAGUAGAGCUAGGUACAAAACCCUGACUUGUGAGUUUUGCUAUUUAUUCUUCCCCAAAGUGGACAUAGCUGUUCUUUGGUCUUUAACGGUGAUACUAAAGUUUGAGUUGUUAAACCACAUUGCUAAAAUGAGACUAGCCAUAAGAAACAAGAAAUAGCUUUACAUUCAAAUGCCAUUCACUUACUCAUAAUGACUCCAAAAAAUGUAAACAACUCUUUCUUUUGUUAUGUCAACAUGUUUCUGCUGUGGCAUCUUUUUUUGCUUUUAAUCCCAGUUAGGGAAAUCUAGUAAGUAACCACCAAGGGUAUUUUUUUUUUUUAAAUCACUAAAUGGGUUACUAAUUUAACUUGAAGGGAAUAAAAUUUGUGUAAGAAAAAAAGCUGUUUACUAUUAAUAAAUUGCAGUUCUUACAUAUCAAACUAUAUCAUUUUCAUAUUCAUUUCCCCUCCAUUGAAAAAAUAUCUUAAAUCAUAAUAUUUUAACUGGUUUUUAAUCCAAAACUAAUUUAUAAGACAGUAUGUAUAGUAAUAGUAGCUUGAGUGAAUAAGCAAAAUUUUAAUUUUUAUAUAUGUCACACUAUAUUUUAAAUAGUUAAAAAAGACAAAAGAAGGAAGAGCCAUUGAUGAUAUAGAUGGUGCCAUUUCAGUUCAAAGUUGUAAUAAUCUUUGGAGUGUUACAGUUUGGUUGUCAAAUGGUUUCAGAAGUGUAUAAUUGAUUUUUGUUUAAUGUUGCGUUGUUUGAAUCUAAAGUACAGCACUAUAACAUGCUUCAGCUUGGGGUGGGUGGUGGGAGGGGACUUGCACUUAAUUCUUUAAGUUGUUGGCUAAUCCAGAAAGCCUGAUGCAACAUAACCUGGAAAACUGCUUUGGUGUUUUUGUAGAAAUCUGUAGAAAUAUCAUAUCUAGCCUCAAAGCAUUAAUCUCAAAAAACAACCAGAAAAAGCAUUACCCUGAGUGAUCCUAUGAUGGUUGUUGAAUGUGUUCUCAUUAGAUGCUUUACAAGGAGGCUUAAAAUGAUUUUUCUGGGCAAUAUAGAGUUUCUUUUUUUUGCUUAGAAUGUCAUAAAUAUAUGUGAACAUGUUUAUUGCAGGGCUUUUUAUCCUCUCCAAAAUGUCAGCAGUAUUUUCAGAAUAAAGACUAUAAAAUACAUUGCUGUAGUGGAAAAUUCUGGUCCUUUGUCUUUAACGUCUUUUUGAGUGGAUAAAGGAAAUUCACCCAGUUUGUAGUUUCUCUAUUUCUGUGAAUCUUUUGACCUUGCAAUGGGUUGCAAUAAAAGAAAAACAAAACCU